CGGCUGCGAGAACGGUGGCUGAGAGAGGACAACCCGGAAGUAAGUUCGCCACGGGCGUACACAUGUGCGAAGGAUUUCAGUUUUGCGUGAUUUUCUUUUUUUUCGGUUUGAAUCGCGAUGAAGCGAAAUGAAAGUGCACGUGAGGAGGAUUCCGACGUGGAUCAUUACGACGUUUUGGAUCGUAUUCUGGACAAGCUCUAUGAUUUUGGAGAUGGACACAAGCGCUUGAACAGAAAGCAUAAGAAGAACCGUCUAAAACAGGAAGUGGAGGAGGAAGACGAGGUAAUGGUCCAGAAUGGUGCAGAAAAACCCGACUGUAGAGACGGCGAUGCGUACGUGAGUCACGUGACCGACGCCCCCUGCCACCACCAAAGCUCCGCCUCCACGUCGCUCGCCGCCCGGAAUCCAGGUGGGAAAGUGCAAGAUGUGGAGAUCGUCACGUUUCAGGAUCCACUGAAGAAGAACAGAUUGAAGAGAACUCUGGAACCUGAACACAGAGCAGAUGAAGGGAAGGAGAAAAAGAAAAAGGAAGCAGAUGUUCUGAGCAUGGAGAAGGCUCGUCUGGACGUCCACCGGUUCGGCAUCACAGGAUUUCAGAAGCAACAGCAAAGAGUGUUUGAGCAGGACAGAGCCAUCAUGCUGGGAGCCAGGCCUCCCAAGAAAGAGUACGUGAAUUAUAAAGUGUACCAGCAAACACUAAAGAUGAAGAAGUCGAAAGAAAAGGAGGACGAGGAGAAAUCGGACACGCUGAAAAAGAAGAAGAGGUCAUCGGGGAAGCUAAAGAACGUGAAACGCAAAUCGGGCGGCGCAGACCCGGGGGGACACGUGGGCCGCUUCAAGAAUGGCAUGCUGCUGCUGAGCACGAAGGAGAUUCAGAAACUGAACAGCAAAAAGAGAAAGUGAGCAAGACAGAGAGAGAGAGAGAGAGAGAGAGAGAGAGAGAGAGAGAGACAGAUGGACAGACAGACAGACAGAGACAGAUGAAAAGAGAGACAGACAGAGAGAGAGAGAGAGAUUGACUGACAGAUGGAGAGAGUGUGAGACUGAUAGAGAGAAAGAAAGACACAGACGGACGGAGAGAUGGAAAGACUGCUGCUUAAACCGGACUGAACCGGCUCUUCGGAUCUUCAUCACUGUGAACGUUUGCCGGAAAACGAGAUCCAUCAUGUGCAGUGCAUUAUGGGUAGACGUGUAGAAGUGCCAAGAAACGUCGGUUUAUUAUACACUCAGUGUUUAUGCGUGUGUGUGUGUGUGUGUGUGUGUGUGUGUGUGUGUGUGUGUGUGUGUGUGUGUGUGUGUGUGUGUGUGUGUGUAACUUUCCGAAUAUAAACAAUUGAAAAACACAAAAACCAGACGUUUCGUUCAUCACAGUUUUACUCGUUUAUGAAAAAGAGAGAAAAAAACCCACAAUGUUGUUGAGUUACACACCAUAAUCACACACACGGGUACAAAACGUUCACAUCGGCGGGUGAAAGAGAAAAAGCAAACGAAUAGAAAAAGAAUUACAGUCCGGAAUUCGCUCGAGGGGUCCACACUGUUUGGGGUGUAAUGGGGAGGGGGGGUAUCGAACAUAUUUUAAUGGGGGGGGGGGAUCGUCAGCGCGUUCAGCAUUUUCAGACCUCCACAGUAUACAUCGGAAUAGAAGCGCAUUCCGUACGUCAGACGCACCGUCUAGACGUCCUAAUUAGAAAUUGGAAUCUAAGCACACUAGGGGUCAAAUCGCUGUCCGCUGAAACGGAGUAGAAAUGUUUUAACUAAAGAUAAAAUAAAUAUAUAAAUACUUUUUUUUUUUAA